AUGGCAAGAGCAGAGGAAACCAAUGAUCAACACUGUGCAGCUUAUCCAGUGAGAGGUGGAGAUGGACCCAGCAGCUAUGCCGUCAACUCUGUUUACCAGAGAGGAGCUGUGGCUGCUGCCAAAGAAUUUAUAAGCAAGGCAAUUGAAGAAAAGCUUGACAUGGAAAUCUUGUUAUCUUCCAAGACCUUUCGCAUUGCAGAUUUGGGUUGCGCUGUUGGGCCCAAUUCGUUUUUUUCUGCUGAGAACAUAAUUGAAGCUGUGCAGUUGAAGUAUAAAAGCCAAGGGCUGAAUUCCCAAACCCUUGAAUUUCAAGUUUUCUUUAAUGAUAUUACUGCAAAUGAUUUUAACAAGCUCUUCAGAUCCCUCCCAAGCAACAGGCAAUACUAUGCCGCGGGUGUACCAGGUUCCUUCUAUGGCAGGCUAUUUCCUGAUGCUUCCAUUAACCUUUUUCACUCUGCUUUUGCCAUUCCAUGGAUGUCUCAAGUUCCAAAAGCAGUAAUGGAUGGUAACGGUCCUGCGUGGAAUAAAGGGCGAAUCUUUUACUCAGAUGCCUCGGAUGAAGUAGUGAGUGCUUACGAAGCACAGAACGCAGAGGACAUGGAGCGCUUCCUGCAUGCCAGGGCUCAAGAGAUUGUGAGUGGAGGACUCAUGGUAUUUUUCAUUCCUGGCCGCCCAGAUGGUACCCCCCAUUCUCAUACUCUGCCAAAUGUGAUCUAUCAAAUCUUAGGAUCUUGCCUCAUGGACUUGGCUAGGAAGGGAGUUGUUGAUGAAGAGAAAGUAGAUUCAUUUAACAUACCUAAUUAUUUGAUGUCUUCCAAAGAACUUGAAAGUGCUGUAGAACGAAAUGGAUGCUUCAGCAUAGAAAGAAGGGAAAAUUUGGAUAAUUUCUUUGCACAUGACACUGUCUAUAAAAAUCCUCAAUUACUUGCAUCUCAAAUCAGAGCUAGCUUGGAGGGACUCUUCAAGCAGCAAUUCGGAGACGAAAUCUUGGACGAGCUUUUUGAAUUGUAUGGUGAAAAACUUGAAGAGCAGCAGUCCAUGGUUGAGUCAGGGAAGGCAGUUGUUUUUCUUGUUGUUCUUAGACGCACAGCAAAUUGA